CAGAAGGCGGACUGGAAGUGCAGUGUGACAGGGCGAGAAUCCUUAAACUUAUUUAUUUCCAGGAGCUUUUUAAUCGUCCUAUUUACUCCCCAGACUUAACUGUGGACUUUAAUUUGAGUCGUGACAAGCCAUGGGUCUGCUUACAGUUACUCUGUGUUCUGUGGUUGGCGCAGGUGGAGCGCUGCUAGCCGCCCCCGUGGUUCUGGGAGCCGUGGGCUUCACGUCUGUCGGGAUCGCUGCAGGUUCCUAUGCAGCGGGCAUGAUGUCUACAGCAGCCAUCGCUAACGGAGGAGGGGUAGCAGCUGGAAGCCUGGUGGCGAUUCUACAAUCUGCAGGGAUGGCUGGUAUAGGUACAGCUGCCACUGCCGGUGUGGCAGGUACCGGAGGAGCUGUUGGAGGACUUCUGGGUCUUAUUUUUUAAGACAGACACCAUUCUGCCAUUUUACAGAGAGGACAAAGAAGCUGUCCAAUGGGGGAAAAAAUCUACAAAUACUCUAUUGAGUUCAAGUUUUAUUGCAAACAAUCCUAUCAAAUGAUUCAAUAAAAUUAUUAACAAAUUUUGACAGGCGA